AUGAGCAACCACGACACUCGCCUAUCCAGAAGCCUAGGCGCCAUUCUGGGUGUCCAUGCUGGCGACUCUCUCGGCGCAACCCUCGAGUUUGAAUAUCAUUCCACCAUCAAGCAAAAGUACCCAGAUGGUCUGCAGGAGAUUGUCGGAGGUGGCUCCUUCUCCUGGCCUCCCGGACAUGCAACCGAUGACACGGAUUUGACGCGAGCCGUCUUGUUGGCGUACUCGGAUCGCCGAAAAAAUUGCGAAACAAGAGCUGGGCGAGAAGGGACCGAGUUCGACGUGGUCAAGGCUGCAGCCGACUACAGCCUCGCAUGGCUGACUGGCGAUUGGCCUGACAGAGAGCCAGGAAGCAUGCCGGUUGACAUUGGAUGCGCGACUCAAACUGGGCUGUCAAACUACGACAGCACGGGAGAUGCAACAAGGAGCGGUGCUGGCCCCGGAAGCGCCGGCAAUGGAAGCCUGAUGCGCUGUAUACCCACCGCGCUCUUCUCCGAUAUCAAGGAAGUGAGAGUGCGGGAGAGCAUGGCCAUCAGUGCCAUUACCCAUAACGAUACCCGCUGCACCGUCUCGUGCGCUGCCUACAACGAGAUAGUCGCAGCGAUGAUUCAAGGCAAGAAGGUGAGAGAGGCCGUGGAACAAGGCAGAUUGGUCACCCAAGAGCAGGGCCAGACACAUGUCGAGGCUGCCAUAUCCCGGGGCGAGACGCUCGAUCUGGCAAAACUUGCAGACCGGGGACCAAAGAGCGCGGGGUCAGACAUAACGACGGGAUACGUGCUCAACGGGCUAACGCUGGCUGUUGCUGCAUUGUUGGACCCGAGGUCUUUCAAGGACGUGUUGGUCGAUGUUGUAAGGCUGGGUGGGGACGCGGAUACGAAUGGUGCGAUUGCUGGAGGGGCUUUGGGGGCGAGAGAUGGCAAGGGGAAGAUUCCGGAAAGCUGGCUAGAGACAUUGCAGUUUGGCGACGAGUUUGAGGAGAAAACGAAAUGGCUGUUGUCGGAGUAA